AUGUUCUUCUACGGUAGCUUCAGCUCAGCAUACCUGGACGUAGCAACACCACGUCGAAUCCUUGCUCCUAGGUCCGAGGAAUAUAUUGCUCGAGUGGUGGUACUCGGCAUUUUCUAUGGAACCAUGGGGGUUUUGGUACUUUCAUGCACCGUCACGCUGGUGAGAGGUAUUACCAAAGCCUAUCGAAACCCUGAUCAGUAUGGCCCACGGACUGGCGGCACUGAGAGUCCAUCACGGACUAGAAUACAAGGUAUCGCCAAAGCUGUUUUGGACACAAUCCCCGUCAUACACUUUCACAAUACGAACGACGUUAUCUCUGGGGACGACAUAGAGCUGAGACCGAAGUUUGAUGUGUGGUCUGGCCGGUGUCCGUUAUGGGCUACGUCGAAUGCAAUUCGAGAGCUUCAGCGUCGAAUUCAACAACUAGAGGGUGAUUUAGUUCAACAAAACACCCAUGGUCUACCACAAAUUACGACCCCUCGAAGCGACGUUAGCAUCACAUCUCCUGGAACCGAGCAAGUCGGAUCGCCGCAUUCCCAUUACUCAUCCAACAAUACCGUCCUCUCCUGUGCGUCCGGCUUCCCAACACCGCCCGUUGUGACAGAAGAUGUGGCUGCCGAACCGCAGCCACUCUCAUCCCGCGUACAGAAUUUGGGGAAUAACUGGUACUUCAGAGGCUUGCCGAUUUUGUCCGAGAGGGGUAGACGAUGGAUGUCGUCAAGAACUGGACAUGAGGUUCUCUUGAAAACAUUCUUGGCAUUCAAUGGCCAUGCUCAUACCGUACCGAAGUCUGCAUCCAGAGCAGGAUCAGAUAUCGAUAGCCGGCAACCUAACGAGCUACCGAGUAAGUCCACUACCGAGGAGGCCAUUCGCACUGUCUAUGCAUCAUAUUUUCGAUACAGCUUUCCAGUCCUCGAUGAUACGUUUCUCCACGAAACCGUUACAAAAGCGUACAACCCUCUCAAGGACAAAAUCGCUGCACGAUCUUCCCUUUCAGCCAAGGCAUGUGUAUGGGCUCUCCAUGCCAUCUCACGACGAAUGAAACCUGCAUGGUACUCUCCUUUGUAUCUAGACGGCGAAAUGUGUGCCACUAGAGCACAAACCCUCCUCAGCAUCGUCAUUGAGGAGUCUUGUAUAGAAACGCUUCAAGCAAUACUUCUUGUUCAAGCCUAUCGAUCAUCAUCGGGUCAAUGGAGAAGUUACAGCUCCCUGCACCUGCACGCUUGUCGUAUAGUAUGCGACCUCGGUGGCCAUCACAGUCAUCCUGCUAUGUACGCACGUAUCGACGAUGUUCUCGAUGAACAACGCUGUCAUUACAUCAGAGAACUCUUCUGGCUGUGUUACCUGGCAGAUAAAGAUGUCUCAUUUCGAUCAGGUCGACCUCCGCUUCUGACUGAAACCUACUGCGACAUAUCUCUGCCAAAGGGGCUCGAAACAUCAGACUCAGCAGAAAACCAGGAUAUUCACCUGAUGAUGGAGUCCACAUUUCGCCUGCCUUCCGAUCCCCUUCGGAGGUCUGGUACUGCUAAAGGAGACGAGAGUCUACCCGAAGACCUCCACAAGGUUGUACACUCCAGUGUUGACAUCUCGCUGGAAGCCGGCCGCUCGACUCUAAUAUUCCUCAAGGCAUCUGUCGAUGUUUUAGAAGAAGGGGCAUUCGGACAUAUCUCAUUCUACGUCCCAAUAGCCGCUAUGGCAAUAUUUGUCAAUGUCCUCAUUCAUCCCCUAAGUCCAGGACCUCAAAAUGAUCUGAAGAUCUUGAUCGAAGCAAUUGAGACCAUCCAGAGCAUACCAUUGCGGAGGUUGUCUUACGACGAGACCAUUUAUUUGCAAGAACUCAGCGAUUUCAUCAUGGAACUGUUCAGGCUUGGUAAUUCUGCCAUCUGGAAGGCUAAGAAAUCGGGAGAGAGCCCGGCUUCAGUGGAAGGCAUCGAGACAUCGAGUUGA